UACCCACGUUAUUACAUUCAUACACGUCUUUUCAGUUCUCCCACUAGUCCACAAUUUCUGCCAUACCCAGUUAGUAACUUUCCUUAUUUUUAUCUCUAAACAUCCUUAUCACAUUGUAUCUGUUGUACUUUCCACAAUUCUGUAAAUCAGUUUUGGGGCAGGAUGUCUGCAGCAGUUUGUGCUGAGAGGGCAACCAGUGACAAACUGAGUGGUCCAGAUUGGGCAAUGAAUAUUGAGAUAUGUGAUAUUAUCAACACGGAUCCGGGUGUAAACAUCCUUACACUGGAUUGGACUUUCAGGCAAGCAAGAAAUGCUAUAAGGAUACUCAAGAAGCGGCUAGGGAGUAAAAAUCCAAAAAGACAGCUCCUUGCUCUUUUUGUACUAGAAACUCUCACAAAAAAUUGCGGAGAAGAUAUCUUUCAGCAUAUUGUUGAUGGAGAUAUAUUGCGUGAAAUGGUCAAAAUUGUGAAGAAGAAGCAAGAUUUGAAUGUGCGGGAGAAAAUAUUAGUUUUAAUUGAUACUUGGCAAGAAGCUCUUGGAGGAUCUGGAGGACCGUAUCCUCAGUACUAUGCCACUUACUAUGAACUACAGUCUGUUGGUGUAGAUUUUCCACCCCAUGAGGAGAACAGUGUAGCCUUGUUUACACCAUCACAGACCCAGCUGGUAGUGCAGCCACCAAGUACUGACUCUGCUUCGACAUAUGAGGAAGCUGCUGCUUUUCAGGCUUCCCUUCAAUCGGACCCCUCCGGACUCAACUUGGAAGAAAUUCAAAAUGCUAAUGGAGUAGCAAACGUGCUAAUGGAAAUGCUUAAUUUCUUGGAUCCUCAAUAUAAUGAGGGUGUUAAAGAAGAAGUGAUCAUUGACUUGGUUGAACAAUGUCGUGCUUACCAAAAGCGUGUUAUAGUUCUUGUAGACAAUGCGUCAGAUGAAGAGCUUUUGAUGAAGGGUUUGUCUCUAAAUGAUACAUUACAACGUGUUCUUUCACAUUAUGCUGACAUUUCCAAAGGAGUCUGUGUUCCAAAAGUUGCAGCAAUGCCGAGUCCAAGUGUCCCUCUAGUAAAUGUGAAUCAUGAGGAUGAGGAUGAGUUGGAAGAUGAUUUUUCUGAACUAGCUCGCAGGUCUAGAGAUAAUCAAGGACAAAAAGCUGCAAGACGUAAAACGGUGCGUGAGCGUGUUAUGCCAAUCCUUCCUUCAUCAUCAAGGAAAAAUACUUUGCAGGGUCAAAGACAAAGAGUGCAGAGUGAUCAAGGACCAAAAACUGGAAGUGAUAAGAUAGCAUCUGAGCGUGUAAUGCCAAACUCUCCUCCAUCAUCAAGGAGGAAUACUUUGCCGGGACAAGGACAGCGAGUGCAAAGUGAUCCAGGACAAACAAGUGAUAAGAUGGCACCUGAGCAUGUAAUUCCAAUCCUUCCUCCUCCAUCAUCAUCAAGGAGGAGUGCUUCGCAGGGACAAGGACAAAGAGCGGAAAGUGAUUAUUUACAAAAAACUGCAAGUGAUAAGAUGUCGCCUGAGCGUGUAAUGCCAAUUCCUCCUCCAUCAUCAAGGGGGAAUGCUCUGCAGGGACAAGGACCAAAAGCACAAAGUGCUCAUGGACAAACAACUGCAAGUGAUAAGAUGUCGCCUGAGCGUGUAAUGCCAAUUCCUCCUCCAUCAUCAAGGGGGAAUGCUUUGCGGGGACAAGGACCAAAAGCACAAAGUGCUCAUGGACAAACAACUACAAGUGAUAAGAUGUCACCUGAGCUUGUAAUGCCGAUACCUCCUCCUCCAUCAUCAAGGAGGAAUACUUUGCAGGGACAAGGACAAAGAGCACAAAGUGAUCAUGGACAACAAACUGCAAGUAAUAAAAUGUCACCUGAGCAUGUAAUGCCAAUCCCUCCUCCAUCAUUAAGGAGGAAUACUUUGCAGGGACAAGGACAAAGAGCGUCAAGUGAUCAAAUGGAACCUAUAGGUGGAAGCCCAAAUCCUCCGCCACCGCCAUCAAGGAAACCGAAGAUUCCACCAUAUGGGACGAUUGAAUAUUUAUUCGCUACAAUUGAUAAUUUAAGUAGUGAUUUAAACCUUCCCCCGCGAACUUCUAAAGCAUAUGGAUCUCCUUUACCUGAAUCUGUGAAUGGGAAAAGUACAAACUCUAGGAUACCCUCUAAUGAAGCAACAUCAGAUGAUUUUAUCAACCCCACUGCUUCCAUGUUCUCGGAGAAGCAGCCGGCAUAUGAUGAACCAGCUCCAACAACCAAAGAUAAUUACCCACUGCCUCCAGCUCCUUGGGACACUCCCGUGUUUAUUCCACCCCCGCCAUCCAAGCAUAGCCAGAGACGACAGUCCCUUAAGCAGCAACAUAUUGGCGAUUCUCGUUCAAGUAGUGGAUCUGGUUCCUCCUAUGACAGCUUAGUUGAGCAAGCAAAUAAUCUUUCCAUCAAUUCAACCACUCCAAAGAAGCAUGAGGGAUCCGAAGAUGCACUUUUCAAAGAUCUGGUUAAUUUUGCAAAAGCCAAGUCUUCAUCGUCUUCCAACCCUAACAGGUCACAUUGAAACUAGUUGGUACAUGUUGUGCAUGAUAGUACAGGUCACUCCUUAAGACUCCUUAAUCGUAAAACCAGCCAUCUUCCUUGUCCUUGUGAUAUUAGGAUAUCCAAUGAAGUUAUAAUAUUAGGAAUGCACAAUUGAAGUCAUCUUUUUUUUUGUUUGUUUGUUUACUUGGUAUUUCUCUCCCUUCGAAUUGGAGGAGCUCUCUUUGUUAAAUUUUACCUUGGUAAAGCAAGUGCAUAAUAUCCAUGGUACAAGUAUUCAUUGCCU